GAGGCUGAUGAGGAGCCGAAGGAAGCCACUGUACGAGACCCUGCUCAAGGUGAAGGAGGAGCUGAUGCUGCUGGGGUUCAUCUCCCUGCUGCUCAACGUGCUGCAGGGCCCCAUGGGGAGGUGGUGCGUGAACCCAGACAUCAUGCGCCACCUGCUGCCCUGCAAACCGCCGCCGCGCGCAUCGCGCGACACCGAGCACCUCGGCGACGCCGUGUUCGCCGGCGCGAUAGGCGGGGCGAGGAGGCUCCUGGCUGGAGGAGACGACUCUGAAGACUACUGCAUGGAAAAGGUAUUAUCAGUACAGCUUAACUGGCACCGAACGUGCUUGACUUCGUCUUUGCUGCAACCUUUUCUUUUCUUCUCUAUAUUUCAAUUUCCAUCUUUUGAUCCUUUCAACCGUACGUAUUCUCAUUUGGCAAUCAUCAGGGCAAAGUCUCAUUGCUUUCAGCUGAAGCUAUUCACGACCUCUUCAGAUAACACUGAAGCUCUACUUGCGAAUAACUUGCCAAUUUGA